UAAGAAAGAAUACGCAGAGAGAGAGAGAGAGAUGGAAGGAAUAGAACACAUUUCCGUAAGUGUGAACGGAAUAAGCAUGCACGUCGCCCAAACCGGCCAAGGUCCGGUGGUUCUUUUCCUCCACGGUUUCCCGGAGUGCUGGUACACGUGGCGCCACCAAAUGUGUUUCCUAGCGUCGCAGGGAUACCGAGCCGUGGCUCCGGACCUCCGCGGGUACGGCGACACCACCGGAGCUCCCACCGACGACCCUUCCAAGUUCACGAGUCUCCACGUGGUGGGCGACCUGGUGGCGCUCUUAAGCGUCGUGGCGGCAGAUGAAGAGAAGGUGUUCGUAGUGGGACAUGACUGGGGAGCUAUGAUGGCUUGGGCUCUGUGUUUGUAUAGGCCUGACAAAGUGAAAGCUUUGGUGAACAUGAGCGUUUGUUUCACUCCAAGAAAUCCAAAGAGCAAGCCACUUGAAACGUUGCGUGCCGUUUAUGGAGAUGACUAUUAUAUCUGCCGAUUCCAGGAGAGUGGAGAAAUAGAGGGUGAAUUUGCUGUAGCUGGCACCAGGAAAGUUGUUGAACGUUUCUUAUCAUACCACAGCCCAACUCCUCCUAAAUUACCAAAGGGAAAACCAAUUGAAGCCCCAACCCGGAGUUUGCCCUCAUGGUUUUCCCAACAUGAUGUUGAUUACUAUGUCUCCAUGUUUGAGAAGGCAGGCUUCACCGGUGGAAUGAAUUAUUACAGAGCAUUAGAUCUUAACUGGGAGUUGACUGCAGCCUGGACUGGAGCAAAGGUGAUGGUACCGGUGAAGUUCAUUGUGGGUGAUUUGGACAUUACUUACAAUUCUCCUGGCACCAAGGAGUAUAUACACAAGGGUGGCCUAAAGAAAGAUGUGCCCUUACUAGAGGAAGUGGUGGUGUUAGAAGGGGUAGGCCAUUUUGUCCAUGAAGAAAAGCCUCAUGAAAUCAACACUUAUAUCUACGACUUCUUGCAGAAUUUCUCUUCCUGAUCGAUGAUGAACUUCCGUUUAGGAUUCCUAAUUAUGAAAUUGAUGUAUGUUUUGGUUAAUUGUGCGUGCAGACUGCAAUGGUAUUUUAAAGGAAGAAAUUAAUGUAUUCCAUUAUGGAUUGUUGUGU